AUCUGAAAAAUAAGCACCAAAAUCAUGACGAGAUUUCGCGUGUUUUGGCGAGACAUAGCAUCAAUCCAAUGUUUAUUUGAAGUAGGGCAACAUGACAUAGAGUUGUGAGUGAAACACUGACAUUUGGAAUAUACCCCAGCACAGGUGGAAAUAUGCCAUCCAUGUGUGCUGCUUAAGAUGCCCUAUGAUGAAAAGGAUUAUUCAGAUGAUUUUCAAUCAGAUGAAGAGGACACAGAAAUAGCAAGGAUCACAGGCAGACCCCCAUUGAAACCAGCUCACGCUCCCACAAAACACAAGAAAACAUCUCAUUUGGUGCCAUCAGCAUCAAGAAUGCGGCGAGGAGGGUCGCCCAGCAAGGGGCGUACAGGAAGUGCCCCGCAGAAGAAUGUACGAGAAAUGUGGUUGGACACUGUCAAGAAGAGGACAGGGGACAUGGCGUCAGGUAAAAACAAGGGACACCUGGGGAAGAGAUCCCCCAUGGAAUACUGGACUGAUACCCUCAGGAAGAGUGGAGUGAGUGAAACACUGACAUUUGGAAUAUACCCCAGCACAGGUGGAAAUAUGCCAUCCAUGUGUGCUGCUUAA